CGUUUCCAACCUUUAAUUUCAUACUGUCGACACAAAUUCAAAUAUUUUGACAUAGUUUUAGAUUAGAUAAAGUUUUUUCUAUAAAAAUGGCUACGUCGAAUUGCUUUCCAUAUCGGCCUCACGAUUACAUGUAUGAUCCCAUUUUCACCGUAUCGGGCCCUAUUGAUCAUUAUAAAGCAGCAAUGGUGGCGAAAAUGUCUGCAGUGAAAUUCCAAAUAUGCCCCAUCUUCCCCAACAUGUUCUCCGACCUGCCGAACCACCCGCGCGUGCAGCUGGUGCCGCGCCGAUCGCCCCCGCCCGCGCCCUACCGGGGUUCCCGCGGGCGGCCCGGGGCGGCCGACCCUGCCCUCAGACGGCCGCCCGACGUGCUGGGCGCCGAUCGCCUCAAGUUCUUCUGCCCCGUGCUGAACUUGCCCGCGAAGGAGGAGCUGCCGCUGCAGCAUCACGUGACGUUCACCAUCGAGAAGGUGGCGAAAAAAGUGAAGAGCAACGUAGAGGCCAAAACGAGGGAUGUCAGUACGGAGACCAAAUUCAGGGAGUCCUCGGCCCAAACGGAACCCUGGGAACCCCCGUAUAAGAUCAUCGGGAAAGGGGAUCCGGAAAUACUGAAGCUGGAUUUUCUCAAAUGGGGCAGCGGGUUACCGGCCGGCAUGCACGAAGUAAGACUGAUAGAAAGAGCGAGAAUGAAAUCGGCGUGGGAGAAGGCCAUCCAGCCCUCGAUCGAGGAUGCCCACUCUCUGGUGCAGUUCCGCGACUAUCAGGAGGCCCUCGAGAGGGACGAGUGGGCGUUCAGGGAGGAGGAGAUCAAGGAGGUGCAGGAGUUGAGGUUGAAGCUGCUGGAGGAGAUGCUCAACGAGUUGCACGAGAAGGCGAGGACGCGGACCGAAUUGAAGAUGAAGAGUUUUAUUGAGAAAAAGGAGAAGGAAAAAAAGGAGCAGAUGGAGAAAAUCAGACAGAAAACGGCGAGAGAGCUGAGGAAGCUGGAGGCUCAAAGGAAAGGCGCUCAAACCAGAUACAAAGAGCCGAACAUCGUCGACGAACAUGUCGACAAAAAAUCCGAAAUCUACGGCCCUCUGAGGAGGCACGGCGAACAUCCGAAACGUUGGCAUCAAGUAAUCGACGAAAAGAUGAAGAAAUACAAGGCGCAAUUCAUCGGUGUUGAAAAGUUCAGUACUCUGCCAAUAUGGUUGGACCAAGCAACCAAAAUCGACAAACGGCGACUUUACAGCAACAGUCCCGGUAGAAGAUUGUGCAUCAGAGAGACCAAAUGGUCUGCCCCGGUACUCAAACAGUUGCACGAAGAACUAAAAGAUUUGAGGAAAGAAACUAAAAAACGUCCACUCUCGUUGAGGACCAAAAUAGAAACUGCUGUCGAAGAAGCUAACACUCCAGAAGUUGAAGGAGUACCGCAAUUGGAGGAGGACAAAUAUCAAGCUGCGGUUUUGUUACAAAAAGUGAUACGAGGACGAGCCGCUCAAAUGAUGAUAUAUGAAGGAAGAAACACUUGUAAAGAGUUGAUACACGAGUUGAAGUACUCUGUGGGGUUGCUAAAGAAGCAAAAAGAAGUGAAGUCUAAACAGAAGCAGAAGGUGAAGGUGCAGCAAAGGGAGGAAUGUAAACAGUUGAACAUGGUGCACAGGCUGCAAGGCUCUCUAGGCAAACUGCAAGGCUCCGUGGUGGGCACGCUGCUCGAUUUCUUGAACAAGGAGCUUCGCAGGCUGUUGGAGGAGCGCAAGGCUCACGCUAUGUGUCUGAUGAACGAACGUGAACGGUAUAUACGGGAAGCAGCAGAGGCUGGCAGAAGACAGAAAGAACUGCGAAGAAGAAGGGAACAUGACGAGAUGUUCAAACAGGUAGUAAAAGUAACGCAGGAAAGCGUUGAUGUUUACCUACAGGAAAUCAUCACUGAUGGCAUUGAGUUUGCUUCAUCAGAAGAAGCCAAGGAGUACAUUGACAAGCUAGCUAAAAAGAUCGAGCUUGAAACCGAAAUGGAUUAUAAUAAGCAUUUGGAUGCUCCAAUGCAUGUACAAGAUGAAACUAUAGCUGAUAUGGUGUUGCACUUCAUGUUGCCAGAUGUAGAAAAACAAUUAAUUCGGGAGAAAAUCACCAUGAAACAAAAGCAAAAUUUGAAAACUAUUCAUGACAGCAUUUAUUCUGAAUUUGAGAAUCUUCCGAAAAUUGAACGCCCACCUGAAAUAGUCUCUCAUAUUUUGGAAGACAUUCAAGAAAAAGCUCUCACUGAUACAGAAAGUGGGAAAAUAGCCUAUGAUAUCCUGGAAGAUAUCCUUAUUAAAGUUGAGACUGGUAUAUCAGCUUCAGAAACACUGAAUGAUAUUGAAGAAGCUGAAACAUUAUCCCCAAUCCAUUAUCAAGACCCUUAUGAGGAAUAUUUGAGACAACUAAUGGCUGAUGAACAAAUUGAUGAACAUGAAUAUACUAGUGUUGAGGAGUUCAGUGACAAUUCCACUGAAUUUCAAUUCAGGCAUGACAUUUUAGACACCAUAACAGAAGUUGACACAGAAAACACUGAAAGCAGUUCAAAUAAAGAGCAAUAAAAUUGUAUAAAUAUAAUCUUA